AUGCCGCAGAAAAAAAUUGACAGCCGCAUUCCUGCGUUGAUUCGCAAUGGUGUGCAAACGAAGGAGCGCAGUUUCAUUGUAAUUGUGGGCGACAAGUCCCGCAACCAGCUGCCGAACCUGCACUAUCUCAUGUCGUCGGCAGAUCUGUCCAUGAACAAGUCUGUGCUGUGGGCGUACAAGAACAAAUUGCUCGGGUUCACGUCGCACCGCAAGAAGCGCGAGACAAAGAUCAAGAAGGAGGUCAAGCGCGGCAUUCGUGAGGCCAACAGCGAGGACCCGUUCGAGCUUUUUGUGUCUCUUCAGAACAUCCGCUACGUCUACUACAAAGAGACGGAGAAUAUCCUCGGUAACACCUAUGGUAUGUGUGUGUUGCAAGAUUUCGAGGCCAUCACGCCGAAUAUUUUGGCCAGAACAAUUGAAACCGUCCAGGGUGGUGGUUUGGUUGUAUUAUUACUGAAGAGCAUGACCAGCCUCAAGCAGCUGUACUCUAUGACCAUGGAUGUGCAUUCUCGUUACAGAACCGAGGCACACGAUGACGUUGUUGCUCGCUUUAAUGAGCGGUUCAUUCUCUCCCUGGGCUCGAACCCGAAUUGUUUGGUCGUCGAUGACGAGCUAAACGUUCUGCCCAUCUCAGGUGCUCGCGGGGUCAAGCCGUUACCUCCGUUCGAUGAGGAAGAAGAUACCCCCGCGUCCGUCAGAGAGCUCCGUCAACUUGUAUCCAAUUUGGAGGAAGUGCCCAGUGUUUAUCCCUUGGCCAAACUGUGCAAAACGGUUGACCAGGCCAAAGCGGUUUUGACAUUCAUUGAUGCGGUUGGAGAAAAGUCUCUCAAAUCAACAGUUGCAUUGACAGCUGGGCGUGGUCGGGGCAAGUCUGCGGCAAUUGGCCUUGCUGUCGCUUCGGCAAUCGCUCAUGGCUACUCUAAUAUCUUUAUUACAUCUCCGUCGCCCGAGAACCUCAAAACUCUGUUUGAGUUUAUCUUUAAAGGCUUUGAUGCGCUUGGUUUCGAGGAGCAUCAGGACUAUGACAUUAUUCAAUCAACCAACCCGGCAUUCAACAAAGCGAUUGUUCGAGUUAAUGUGUUCAAAACGCACCGUCAAACAAUCCAGUACAUCCAGCCGCAGGAUUCCCAAGUUCUCGGUCAGGCCGAGCUUGUUGUCAUUGAUGAGGCUGCGGCAAUCCCUUUGCCUGUCGUCAAAAAGCUUCUUGGUCCUUAUCUUGUAUUCAUGGCCUCCACAAUCAACGGUUACGAGGGUACUGGCCGAUCACUCUCGUUGAAGCUUAUCUCUCAGCUUCGUCAACAGGCUGCAGCCGGCACUGCUAACCGUACAUUGCGGGAGAUUCAGUUAGACGAGCCGAUCCGAUAUGCUCGCAACGAUCCUACUGAAGCCUGGCUGAACAAACUUUUGUGUCUUGAUGCGACGCUCCCGCAAAAUCCGACCACAAAGGGAUUCCCUCAUCCUAGUGAGUGUGAUCUGUACGCAAUUAACCGCAACACUUUGUUUUCGUUCCACCCAGUGAGUGAGGCAUUUUUGCACAAGCUUAUGGCGCUUUAUGUUGCAUCUCAUUACAAAAACACACCAAACGACUUGCAGCUGCUGAGCGACGCUCCUGCUCACCAGCUCUACUGUCUUCUCCCACCUGUCGACCAGUCCAACGGCAAGCUUCCUGAGCCUCUGUGUGUCAUUCAAGUAGCUUUGGAGGGCCAGAUUUCAAAGCAGUCAAUUUUGAACUCGUUGGCAGCCGGAAAGCGGGGUGGAGGUGAUUUGAUUCCAUGGGUCGUUUCACAGCAGUUCCAGGACGACGAGUUUGCUUCCUUGAGCGGUGGACGCGUUGUUCGUAUCGCUACUAACCCUGACUAUAUGAGUAUGGGAUAUGGUGCACGUGCUCUAGAGCUGCUCCAGGACUUUUUCGAGGGCAAAUUCACCAAUCUCGAUGAUACGAAAACACAGCUGUAUCACCACGACUACGAGGUGUCGCCCCGUGUAAACGAUAAAGAGCUCACCAAUGUCUCGCUUCUUACGGAUGUUGUCAAAUCUCGGGACCCCAAAACGAUGCCGCCGCUGCUGAUGCGACUGAACGAAGUCCAGCCAGAGCGCCUGCAAUACUUGGGUGUUUCUUUUGGCCUCACCAACCAACUGUUCAGGUUCUGGAAGCGUGGUGGUUAUGCUCCUGUAUACCUUCGUCAAACUGCCAAUGAUUUGACAGGAGAGCACACCUGUAUUAUGCUGAAGACCCUCGGAGAUAACCACCAAAAGUGGCUGGGAGAGUUUUCACAGGACUUUGGCCGCCGCUUCCUGCAGCUUUUAUCCUACCAGUUCAAGGAAUUUGCUGCAUCACAGGCGUUGUCGGUUAUUGAAGCCGCCACCAAAGGCGCGGAGGUUGAUGCUCGGAUCAGCUCCAAGCAGUGGCUAGACGACAACUUGUCGCCGUUUGAUCUCAAGCGACUAGACUCUUACGCAAAAAGUCGUAUCGAUCACCAUGUUAUCACCGACUUGAUUCCAAUUGUGGCCUUCAACUACUUUGUCGGCUACUUCCCCAAGCAAUUUGUUCUUAGCAGUGUCCAGCAAGCUAUUCUGUUGGGCAUGGGGUUGCAGAAGAAGCACAUUGAGGACGUUGCGGCGGAACUGAACCUGCCCGUUAGCCAGGCACUGGCCAUGUUUGCCAAGCUUGUUCGCAAGACGUCGAAUUUCUUCCGGCAAGUGCUGGCGGAUGCGUUCGAAGCCGAGAUGCCAGAGAUCAACGACGCGGUUGACGACGACGACGUGUUUGAGGCGGCACCGGAGGCACAGGACCAGCCACAGAACGACGAGAGCGGCGACGACGAGAGCUACAAAAAGCGGGAGCUGAUCAACUCGCUCGAUCUGUCUAAAUACACCAUCUCUGGCGACAUUGGCGCCAGCGAUCUGGCCAAGGGCGCCAAGAGCGGCCGCGUGGCGGUCAAGAAAGACGUGAAACGCAAGGAGAAGGCAGCCGACAUCUACGAUGAGGAGAUGGCCAAGGCCAAAAAGUCUAAAAAGAAGCACAAUAAGUAA